AUGGAUUCAGUUAAAAUUAAAUGUAAAGAAAGUUUUUCAUCAUUUGGUUCAUUUCCCAAAGAUUAUCCUGUUCAACUUCAAAGAAAUCUAUCUCCCACAGAGUUUGAAAGUAUUAUUAAUAGAAUUAAUAAUUCAUGUAAAUCAUCAUUUAAUAAAGGAUAUUUAUUAUUUUUUUUAGGACCAAUUGCUGGAAUUGCUUUAAUUAUAGUUGGUAUUAUUAGAUGGAGAAAAAUGGUCUCCGAAUUUAAAGAGAAGUUUGAUCAUUUCGAUUUUAGUGUUGGUGAACCAAUUAUGGAUGUUACUAAUAGAGACUCAUACAAACCAGACAUGCCAUUAUUUUAUUUUGUAAUUGGUAUUGCAUUAUUCUUGAUUGGUAGUAUUUUAUUUUGCUGUUUAUAUUUCUUAUUUAAAAGAAAGGUGUUGGCUAAAAUUGAUGAAACAUUAAUUCCAUUGAAUUCAAUGUAUUCUCAAAGAAUGAUAACAUUUAGUUUAAAAGAUGAAAAUGAAAGAAAAUAUAUCCCAGAUUAUGAAUAUCGUAUAAAUAGUAAUAAUCGAGCGUAUAUGAGUAAUGUUAAAUUUGAUAAAGAUGGGAAUCCAUAUAAAGAAAUUGAAGUUCACUACUUGUAUAUUACUUUCCCCCUAAAUCCAAUUACUACUCAAAACUAUCCAACUUUUCAACCUCCAAUGUAUUCCAUUACUCCAGGUGUUCAACCUAUUAAUCAUCAAGAAAACCAAAUUGUUGAAAUGGAAGUUAUUAAUAAUUGA